AUGGAGUUGAUUCUACCAUAUGUGCGCGAGAAGGUGGAGGCGAGCGAACUUCCCGGGGUUCAUCAAGUGCUUCAGAUUCGAUUUGUGUUGGAGCGCAUGAGUUUGUCCAAUUUGGUCAGAGUGAUCUGCUUGACCCUCCCUGGCGUUUUUCCGAAGCUCAUGGCCAAUGAGCUGAAGGACUUGCGCGAAACCGCCCGUAUUUUAGAGGCGUGUCAGCCGUUUGAAGUUGUAAAGCACAAACUGAAACAUGAGCGUCAACAGCAGUUUGCUGAUAUGAAACGGCGUGAAGUGGGCAGGAUUUGGGAUUUGCUGAAGGCAUUGCCUUCUGGUGCGAGUGUUCCAGGUGGCAGUGAUGAAGUCGCGGAACCAGCAGUGCAGGUCAUCCGAGCAAAGAGCUGUCCGCCAAUGCCGAAGACGUUGCCAAUGCCCAAAGAUGCAACCAAGCUUCAUGCGAUGCGCGAACAGAAGCAGCGUGCACUGCAGGUGUCCAAACUUCAGGAAAGGUCCAAGCUGGUGUCUACGGGGCAGGCUGCCCCACAUGAAAUUGGCGGACUGGUCCGCCAGGUCGCUUUCGGACUCCUCCUUUCAGAUUGCCUUUCGAUUCCUGUCAUGUUGCUUUCAGAUUCCUUACAUGGAGUUCGGGCGCUCAAAGAAUUGCGCCCUCCUUCCUUUGACAAGCAGCAGAGAGAGUUCUUGAAACGCCUUCCCGCGGUGACCUUCAUGGAGUUGAUUCUACCAUAUGUGCGCGAGAAGGUGGAGGCGAGCGAACUUCCCGGGGCUCAUCAAGUGCUUCAGCUACUGAAGAGUGAAAUAAUCGUCCGAGCGGUCCAAGCACCUGUGGGUAACAGAGUCCAACGGACUCCCCGGAGGAUUCGAUUUGCGUUGGAGCGCAUGAGUUUGUCCAAUUUGGUCAGUGUGAUCUGCUUGACCCUCCCUGGCGUUUUUCCGAAGCUCAUGGCCAAUGAGCUGAAGGACUUGCGCGAAACCGCCCGGAUUUUAGAGGCGUGA